GAGAAGUUCCAGAAGAAGAAGAAGUAGAAGAAGAAGAAGACUCCCAAACAGAAGAAGAGAAGUACCGGUGCUGUUACCGGAGGCUGCAGUCUGAUUGUGACCCAGAGUCGGUGUUGAGGAGUCAAGGUGUUCCGGUUGAUGAAGAUGGACUCGGCGGCGGCGGAGAUCGACGGCAGCCUGAUGGAGGGAGGCGGACAGAUCCUGAGAGUGUCCGCGGCGCUCAGCUGCAUCACCGGGACAUCCAUCAAAAUCACCAAAAUCCGAGCCGGCAGAAGCACACCGGGGCUCAGGCCGCAGCACCUGAGCGGCCUGCAGUUGGUCUCAGAUCUGUGUUCUGGCGGCCUGCAGGGAGCCACUAUCGGAUCCACCGACAUCAGUCUGACUCCAGGAAAGAUCCGGUCUGGAAGCCACACGGCCGACACACAGACAGCAGGGAGUGUGUGUCUGCUGCUGCAGGUAGCUCUACCUUGCGCUCUGUACGCUGACGCUUCCUCACAGCUCUGUCUGAAGGGAGGAACCAACGCAGAGAUGGCUCCUCAGAUCGACUACACUGUCAAGGUGUUUAAACCAAUCGUAGAGAAGUUUGGAGUCCAUUUUGACUGUGACAUCAGAAUGAGGGGCUUCUACCCUAAGGGUGGAGGUGAGGUGACGGUGACGGUGAGCCCGGUCAAAGAGCUGCAGCCUGUCGUCAUGACAGAGAGAGGAAACAUCACCAAGAUCUACGGCCGAGCCUUCGUUGCCGGGGUGCUGCCAUUCAAGCUGGCUAAAGACAUGUCGGCGGCUGCUGUUCGAACCAUCAGGAAGGAAAUCAAAGAGCUGUACAUCAACAUCCCAGCCGUGCAGGAGAAAGACAAGGCCUGCGGGAAUGGCAACGGCAUCAUAAUUAUCGCUGAGUCGUCGACAGGUUGUGUGUUCGCAGGUUCAGCUCUGGGGAAGAAAGGUGUGUAUGCAGAUAAAGUUGGUAUAGAAGCUGCUGAGAUGUUGCUGAGAAACAUCAGACACAACGGCUGUGUGGACGAGUUCCUGCAGGACCAGCUCAUCAUCUUCAUGGCGUUGGCGAAGGGAACGUCUCGGAUUCGAACCGGCGCCGUGACACUGCACACACAGACGGCCAUUCACAUUGCAGAGCAGCUCACUCAGGCAAAGUUCACAAUAACAAAGUGCGAGGACGAACUGAGCAGCAACGUCACCUACAUCAUCGAAUGUGAAGGAUCAGGAGCGGCUAACACACACCUGUAGACACAUACACGCACACUGAACACACACUGAACACACACAUACUCUGUCUCUGUCCAGCUGCUCCGUCACGGCCGACCCUCUCAGCUUCUGUCUCAGGGUGUUUCAUUCAAACUGUAAUAAAUCGAUAAAUCAAUAAAACUUUGUGUUUUUAA